AGUUGUAAGAUGUUGUCUUGGGACAUAGUUUUCUGGGCAAACAAAGAAAAUGUUGACUAUAUUCCAUCAUGCUGGGCUGUAGAUGACGAUAGAACAGCAUAUAAAUGGCCUCAAGGGGUGUCCCAAGAAAUCCGCCUGUGCCUUAUUGGUACUUGUGAUCCUUUAAAUAAUGUCAAGUACAGAAUUAGCAAAGGAACAGCUAAACGAAGGGAUAUAAAAGAUUUGGAAAAAGCUAAAAGGCUAUGUGAGAAAGCAAUGUAUUCCUCUAGCGUCGAUACUACCGAUGUUGACGAUGUUCCAGACCAAAUCAAUAAGAAUAAUAAUAAAAAUAUAGCAACCAAACCAGAAAAUAAAAAUCACACAAAUUUAUCCUGCGGAUCACCCAUCGGCUAUGUAUCUAUAGAUAAAGGUAAAGCGUCAACAACUCCAAAAUCAGUGGGUAGCCACAACACUAAGAAAUUUAAUGCGAGGAUUAGUUACAGUAGUGAUGAUGAAGACAACGACGUGUUAUUGCCACUUCAUAGAUUUGCCUCUCCAACUAUAUCUAGUGAUGUAACAGCUAAAAAUUCUAAUGCUUUCACACCGCCACGUGGAUCAAAAAGAUCAAUUGUUAAUGAAGAUACGACAUCUAACCAAAGUGCCAAAAAGGCAAAACAUAGAACAAAUUCUUCAUCCGGAUCACAUUACGUUGAUGGUAUCUUUGAAUUGGAUCAAAUGAGACGGAUAAGUUACGACCUAAGUUUACUGCUGGUGAAAUGGUGAUUCUAAAAGAAAUUAAAAAAUUGAAUUGGGAAAUUGCAGACGCAAAAAAAAACGAUUAAUCAAAUCCACGAGUUACUUUUAUCAAAUAGUAAUAAUAACACUAAUAUUGACAAUCUUCCCACCGAACAAUGGCAGCUACCAGUUGUAGAUGAUGAAUCACUGAAAUCCUUGGAAGACUUUUUAAAAGAGGAUAAAAAUAUUGAGCUGUUGAGUCAACGACUAUAUCUUUGUGGGGGCGAAACUAGCCACAAGGCAAUAUAUUUAAUUAUGAAAAAACUUUUUGCAAAAGAAUUAGCAAUUCCAUAUUCAGGAAGUGGCAAAAAGGGGAAGCUAUCCUUUAAGACGCUCGCUUGUCACACUGCAGUUUUACGAGCUGUCCGAAAACGUUUUCAAAAUGCUACCGACAGCGACAUCAAUAAAUCUAU